UCGGCUUUCGCUGCUGGUUCAGGCUUCCCGACGCUCCGUGCACUGUGUGACUCAACGUGUAUGUGUGUGUUUAGGGACUUAGUCCUGCGAUUUAUCUCCGAUUUAGAUGUGCAUUUGUUGUGUUUUUUUUCUAACCACAAAUAGGCCAGCGGGUUAUGUAGUUAUUUAUUUUAUUUUUUUUAAUUAUACAUAAACUGCUUUUCCCAUUGAUCCCCUUCGGUUUGUGAUGGCGAUACAUUUGUGUUCCGCGAGUCCAGCAGUGAUGAGGAGAGAGCUGUUUUGAUCUACAGUUCUAACGGAAGAAAUAAGAACUCUACCGGAACGGAAUCAUUUUCUAGUCUUGGGGCGAUUCAUUCGAAAUAUCGACGUGUAUACGUUGGAUGUGUCUUCAGAAUGAGUUACUCUGACUGACUUGGCUGUGUUACCGUUGAUGUGUAAAGAGAGAACAAAGUCAUGGAAGUGAAGGAACGCAGACCGUACCGCUCGCUGACGGCUCGGAGGGACACGGAGCGCCGUUACACCAGCUCCUCAGCCGACAGCGAGGACGGAGGGAAGGUCAACCCUAAAGGUUACAGCUCCAGUGAGACCCUGAAGGCUUUUGAUCAGGAGUCUAGGAUGGCCGCCUACGGCAGCCGGGUCAAAGAUAUGGUCCACCACGAGGCAGACGAGUUCUGUAGGCAAGGAGCAGAUUUCUCCCUCAGAGACCUAGGUUUCGGGGAUCCUCUCCCUCCUCACGUGGCGUCAUACCGUGGCGACCUGGGUCUUGGUUCUGGUGGUGGUUUGGGCAUGGGUCUGCCUCACCGUGACUACUCUGCGAGCAUGUGCUCGGACGCCGACACGGAGCCGGACGGGGUCAUGUCCCCGGAGCACGCUGUUAGACUGUGGGGUCGCAACACCAAGUCGGGACGCAGCUCCUGUCUGUCCAGCAGGGCCAACUCUAAUCUGACCCUCACAGACACCGAACAUGAGAACACCGAGAACGGUCUUCCUCUGCAUUGUUCCUCCGCCUCCUCCUCCCCUGUACAGCACGAGCAGCUCCCAUACCCUCCCCCCUCCUUGUCAGCAGCCAAUGAGAGCCAGGGAAGGUUUCUAGGUAACUGUGCGGCUCAGUCCGCCCCACUGCGAGCUCAGGACUCUGACUCUGAAGAUGAGUUUGGCCCUAAUUCAUUCUCAGUUAGAACUGGCUCAGGAAACAUCUAUGCUGCUACUGCUACUGGGACACUAGAUGACGCUGUGUUUCAGAACCACUCCUCUCGGUUACGGACGCCUCCUCUGCCCCUGUCAAUGUCCCACUCCCCUAACCACCAGCACCAUGCUGCCUCCAUCAACUCUCUGAACAGGGGCCAGUACACGCCCCGCUCCAACCCCAGCCCUGCCCCCACAGACAGCUCCGCCCCUCCCGAGGGCCAGGGGAGUGGCCAGGACUCAGGCUCCGCCCACGACAACUGGCUGCUAAACAGCAACAUCCCCCUGGAGACCAGGAGCCAGAAUAUUCUAAUGUUUAUCAGAGAAGAACAGGACGGGUGCAGAGAAGGGCAGGGCUCGUACAAUACCAGAAACAUAGCAAAGCAGGCAUUCCUAGAGACUUUACAGGACUGCCCUAUAGAGAUGGACAUUCUGGGUACCGCACGCGGGGAGGCCGCCCCGUACAACGACGGGCACUUCCUGUUUAAGCCAGGGGGGACGUCUCCAAUGUAUUGUACGACGUCACCGGGUUACCCUUUGACCUCCAGCACGGUCUACUCCCCGCCACCUCGACCGUUACCCAGAAACACCUUCUCCAGACCGGCGUUCAGCCUGAAGAAGCCCUACAAGCACUGCAACUGGAAAUGUGUGGCUCUCAGCGCCAUCCUCACCUCCGUCACCCUGGUGUUCCUGCUUGCCUACUUCAUUGCCAUGCACCUGUUGGGUCUGAACUGGCACCUACAGCCCGUGCAGGGACAGAUGUACCAGCUGUCUGAGGACAACACCAGCGGUCUGCCACUACUUACCGACCUCAGCCUGCCACCCCUGGGCAACACUGGCCUGGAGCUGCCCGACCACAGGGCCAAGGACGACGGUAAAGUGGACAGCAUGUUCCCAGAUGACAGCUUCAUAGACAUGGGGGAGAUUGACGUGGGUCGUAAGGUUGCCCAGCAGAUACCUCCGGGAGUCUUCUGGAGGUCACAGGUCUUCGUAGACCACUCCAUGUACCUCAAGUUCAACGUGUCUCUGGGCAAAGAUGCCCUGGUGGGGAUCUACGGCAGGAGAGGCCUGCCACCCACUCAUACACAGUUUGACUUUGUGGAGCUGCUGGAUGGUCGAAGGCUCCUCUCUGGUGACGUAGUGAGUGGGGGCGUAGAGGGUCCUGUGGUUCUGCAGCGAUCGCUGGUCCCCGUCACCACACACACCACCGGCUUAAUCCAGUACAUGGACUCUGGCAUCUGGCACCUGGCCUUCUACAACGAUGGGAAAGAGACAGAGACUGUCUCUUUCAUCACCACGGCGAUAGACUCCAUUGACGACUGUCCCAGUGAUUGCCAUGGCAACGGUGACUGUGUGUCGGGAACAUGUCACUGCUUCUUAGGAUUCAGAGGCCCUGACUGUGGACGAGCGUCCUGUCCGGUGCUGUGCAGUGGGAACGGCCAGUACCUCAAAGGGCGAUGCAUGUGUCACAGUGGCUGGAAGGGCGGGGAGUGCGAUGUACCGACCAACCAGUGCAUAGACGUCACCUGCUCUGGCCACGGGACAUGCAUCGUGGGGACAUGCAUCUGUAACCCUGCAUACAAGGGAGAUAACUGCGAAGAAGUGGACUGCCUGGACCCUACCUGUUCCGGGCGUGGGGUUUGUGUACGUGGAGAGUGCCACUGUUUCGUGGGCUGGGGCGGGUCGGGGUGUGAGAACACCAGGGCGUCCUGCAUGGACCAGUGUUCUGGACACGGAGCCUUCCUGACAGACACCGGAACCUGCAGCUGUGAUCCCAAUUGGACCGGACACGACUGUGCCACAGAGAUUUGUGCAGCGGACUGUGGUGGCCAUGGCAUCUGCGUGUCGGGCACCUGUCGCUGUGACGACGGCUGGAUGGGCGCCGGGUGUGGCCAGCGGGCGUGUCACCCACGCUGCAGCGAGCACGGCGCCUGCAAGGAAGGGAAGUGUGAAUGCAGCCCGGGGUGGAACGGAGAGCACUGCACUAUGGCGCACUAUCUGGAAAAGGUAGUGAAAGAGGGCUGCCCUGGUCUGUGUAACGGGAACGGCAGGUGUACCCUGGGUAAUAACGGCUGGUACUGUGUGUGUCAGCUUGGUUGGAGAGGAACAGGAUGUGACACGUCCAUGGAGACGGCCUGCAGCGACGGAAAGGACAACGAUGGAGAUGGUUUGGUGGACUGUAUGGACCCUGACUGCUGUCUGUGUCUACUAUAUUUCCCCUCCAGAUGGUUUGGUGGACUGUAUAGACCCUGACUGCUGUCUGUAUCUGCUAUAUUUCCCCUCCAGAUGGUUUGGUGGACUGUAUGGACCCUGACUGCUGUCUGUAUCUACUAUAUUUCCCCUCCAGAUGGUUUGGUGGACUGUAUGGACCCUGACUGCUGUCUGUAUCUACUAUAUUUCCCCUCCAGAUGGUUUGGUGGACUGUAUGGACCCUGACUGCUGUCUGUAUCUACUAUAUUUCCCCUCCAGAUGGUUUGGUGGACUGUAUGGACCCUGACUGCUGUCUGUAUCUGCUAUAUUUCCCCUCCAGAUGGUUUGGUGGACUGUAUGGACCCUGACUGCUGUCUGUAUCUACUAUAUUUCCCCUCCAGAUGGUUUGGUGGACUGUAUGGACCCAGACUGCUGUCUGUGUAACACUAUAUUUCCCCUCCAGAUGGUUUGGUGGACUGUAUGGACCCUGACUGCUGUCUGU